CGGCGGCGACGGCCGCGGCGCAGGGCUCAGGCGGGACGAUGGGGAACGGGAUGUGCUCCCGGAAACAGAAGCGGGUCUUCCAGACGCUUCUCCUGCUCACCGUGGUGUUCGGCUUUCUCUACGGCGCGAUGCUCUACUACGAGCUGCAGACGCAGCUGCGGAAAGCCGAGGCAGUGGCGCUCAAGUACCAGCAGCACCAGGAGUCCCUCUCUGCCCAGUUGCAAGUUGUAUAUGAACACAGAUCAAGAUUAGAGAAAUCUUUACAAAAGGAAAGACUGGAACAUAAGAAAGCAAAGGAAGAUUUCCUUGUUUACAAGUUAGAAGCACAAGAAACACUAAAUAAAGGAAGGCAAGACUCCAAUAGCAGAUACAGUGCAUUGAAUGUCCAACAUCAGAUGUUAAAAAGUCAACAUGAGGAGUUGAAGAAACAACACAGUGACUUGGAAGAGGAACAUCGCAAACAAGGGGAAGACUUCAGUAGAACAUUCAAUGACCACAAGCAGAAAUACUUGCAGCUUCAGCAGGAAAAGGAGCAAGAACUUUCUAAGCUAAAAGAAACUGUAUACAAUUUGAGAGAAGAGAAUAGACAACUGAGGAAAGCACACCAAGACAUACACACACAACUGCAAGACGUCAAGCAACAGCAUAAGAAUUUACUCUCCGAGCAUGAACAACUUGUAGUGACUUUGGAAGACCACAAGAGUGCAUUAGCUGCUGCACAGACUCAGGUUGCAGAAUACAAACAACUGAAAGAUACUCUGAAUAAGAUUCCAAGCUUUCGGAAAUCAGAUGAUGCAGAGCUGCAAAAUGUCACCCUGACCCAGGUGGCACAUUCUCCACAAGGUCACAACACAGCAAGGAGGCAGCCAACCAGAAAGCCACAAGAGGAGUCUCACAAUAGUGAUGUGUGGCAGAAACAAGGAGCAAUGCCUGGAAGAGCAGAAGAAAUUAAACCUUAUCCUCCCACCCCGAAGGGGGCAGAAUUCCAGGCUGCAGCAGAGCACAACCCACGCCAGCUGGAAACCAGAGAGCCAGAAGAGCACCGGGUGGAGGAGGAGCACAGAAAGGCCCUGGAGGAGGAGGAGAUGGAGCAGGUCGGGCAGGCUGAGCAUCUCGAGGAGGAACACGACCCAUCGCCGGAGGAGCAGGACCGGGAGUGGAGAGAGCAGCGGGAACAGAAGGAAGCGGCCAGCCUGCGAGAGGGGCGUGUUCACGCCGAGGCACACCCUUCGACCAGGCUGGUCACCAAAUUUCGGUCCUUGUACGAGGAGCAGUUGGAGCAGCAGAGACUGGCAGCGAGAAGGGACGAGGAGGCCCAGCGGCUGCGAGAACGCCAGGAAGCUUUGCACCAGCAGAGGCUGCAGGGACACUUGUUAUGGCAGCGGCAGCAGCAGGAGCAGCAGCUUCUGGCCAGAGAGAUGGCUCAGCAGAGGGAAGCUGGGCGUGAGAAGGACCGGGAGCAGCACCAGGAGCAGCUACGGCAGCAAGCUCAUUAUAAUGCUGUGGAUAAUGAUAUUGUUCAGGGGCCAGAGGACCAGGGAGUGCAAGAAGAGGAAGGAGGUGCCUAUGACAGAGAAAAUCAGCACCAAGAUGAAGCUGAAGGAGACCUAGGUCACCAACAUGAGCCCCAUGAACAAAGGCCCCGAGAAGCCGACCCAGAAUCUGAGGCAAAUAGGGCAGCUGUAGAGGAUGUAAACCCAGCAGAUGACCCAAAUAAUCAAGGUGAAGAUGAAUUUGAGGAAGCCGAGCAAGUGAGAGAAGAAAACUUGCCUGAGGAAAACGAAGAGCCACAACAAAGUGAUCAAAAGCAAGGAAAUGCUGAAAUGGAGGAUCAUUUGGUGAUGGCAGGAAAUCCAGACCAGCAGGAAGAUAAUGUUGAUGAACAGUAUCAGGAAGAGGGAGAAGAGGAGGUUCAGGAAGAUUUGACUGAAGAGAAAAAAAGAGAACUACAGCAUAAUGCUGAGGAGACCUACGGGGAAAAUGAUGAAAAUGCUGAUGAUAAAAAUGAUGGAGAAGAGCAAGAAGUCCGCGACGACAACCGCCCGAGAGGUGGAGAAGAACACUAUGAAGAGGAGGAAGAAGACGGGGCCGCUGUUGCUGAUAAAUCACAUAGAAGAGCUGAAAUGUAGCUAUGCCCGAUUUCCAGGCAAUGCUAAGCCAAUGAGUUUUUUCAAGCUGCUCUAAAAUAAAUCUGCCUACUGAACUCUAGGAUAUUUAAUUGCAAAAAUUAAGAAUUUAGACUUUUUAAACUUUUUAUUAGAAAGACUCAUACAUUUAUAUGACUAUAUUUUGAUAACUUAGAUUAGAACUUCUUUUAUAUUCAAGCUAAACAUGUACCAGAAAAAAAAAUAAUAAACUUACCUUAGGAUCUGAAUCUCAUUUUUCAUGGAGCAUGUGAUGUCGGAAAGAGCAUUGCUUUUGUAAAUGUCUCAUAUUGUUACUUUUCUCAGUCCUGAUUUCCAUGUUCUGUUUGUCUUUGAUAAAUACAGGAUUUUAUAAUGAGGGAUUUGGCAAAAUGCUGUACACACUUUAAGAAGAAUGGCUAGUCCACUGAUUGCUUCUCUGAGAUUCUUAUGUAUACUUCUGAUAAAAUUCUCACCAGUCUGCAUUUCUGGGAAGAGAGUGACGUGCAAUUAAAAAUCCAUUUUUGUUGCAGAUAAAGACAUUGUUUUUCAAUUUUUUUAGGUCUGUUAGAAACAUAUACGGCAUUACUUAAAAUUGCAAUAGUUCUGCUUGAAAAAGGAGUGUUGAAAAUGAGAUAAUACUAAAACUCGUGGCAAUAUCUUGGAUUUAAUUUGGUAUUUCACUGUUCAGAAAGGUGUAUCUGUGUCUUAACCUUUUUUGGAGGAUUGAUGACAAACUAAUUUAGUAUGUGUGGUGUUUUCUACAUGUGUACCUA